UAAUUAUAUUACGAAAAAAUUUUAUAUUUUUCAUUUGCCAAAGAUAGUUUUAGUGUUGUUACACUCGCGGUAUUCUACUACGAAUUAAUUAGUAUUAAUUAUUAUAUAUAAAUGCUAACAAAUAAACAAAUAUUCGACAUAAAGCAACCUCAAUUUGAUUUAAAUACAAAAAUUAUUUGUUUAUCAAACGACGUAAUACAUUCGAAGUAGCCCACCCACACCAAAAACAUUAGAUGUUAACAGUUUUGAUACGUAAUUUCGUCGUUGCACGACAUCAUCUUACUUACAAAGAACCUGUAAGUAAACGUUUGUUUCAUUUUACAGGAAGGCGGGAAGCUCAACCACAAUUAUCACCCUACGAUGUAAAUUUACUAUUACGUGAACAUGAGUACACGCACAAUUUCCAAGAGGACAACACUAUCCGCAGUUACGAAUCAAAUCAACUCAGCUCGAAUAGUCCGUGUGAAGAUACGCGCACUGAGGCCAGUUUUAUACAUAAAAAUGCAUUUAUAUGUGGCAUUUUCGAUGGUCAUGCAGGACCUUCGUGUUCACAAGUCGUCUCUAAACGCUUAUUAAGAUAUAUAGCUGCUUCAGUUGUUGACCGCGAUGUAUUAAGAGACCAAAUUGCCAAAGGAUGUACAAGCCAAUCGUUUUUACGCUGCCACAAUGAUAAGGUGGACUUCGUAAAAGAUAUAAAGGAUAUAUAUGAAAAUAGUUUUAGUAGUUUUAUAGCAACAAUAUCUAGUCAAGAAGCAGAAAGUCGAGCUGCAGCGAUUGAAAAUGCAUUUGUAUCUUUAGAUAAUGACCUCUCCGAAGAGGCGCUUAAGCAGCGUAAUAUGCUCACAAUGUCAGUCGCUAUGUCGGGUGCCGUGGCAUGUGUUGCAUAUAUUGAAAAUUUGGAUUUACAUGUAGCCAGCGUGGGCGAUUGUUCAGCAGUACUUGGUGUACAAUCUGCUGAAACCGGUCAAUGGCAUGCCAAAAAACUCAAUAAUGAACACAAUGUAGAUAAUAUACAAGAAGUUACAAGAAUACUUGGUGAACAUCCUGCAGAAGAAAAAGACACUGUAAUACGCAAUGACCGUUUACUAAGUCAACUAGCGCCUUUACGUGCACUUGGCGACUUCCGUUAUAAGUGGUCACAUGAAAUUAUGGAUAAAUAUGUCAUACCCACCUUUGGACCAAAUGUUGUGCCACCAAAUUAUUAUACCCCACCUUAUCUUUCAGGUCGUCCUGAAGUCAUGCAUCACGUACUUACGCCAAAUGAUAAAUUUUUAGUUAUUGCCAGCGAUGGUCUCUUUGAUUUUCUCUCGCCAUCGCAAAUUGUUACAUUAGUAGGUGAUCAUUUGGCUUCCAAAAAGUAUCUUGAACCAAUGAAAUUACCACCUGGCGAUGUUAAAUUGGGUGAGGUUUCAGACAUAUUGGGGAAAAGAAAGGCUGGCCGUGCACGUAAACCAUUGGAUCAAAACUCUGCUACACAUCUUAUACGUAAUGCUUUAGGUAGUACGGAUUAUGGUAUCGAAUUCUCAAAGAUAUCAUAUUACUUGUCUUUACCACAAGAUGUGGUGCGUUUGUAUCGUGAUGAUAUAACUGUGACGGUUAUAUACUUUAACACUGAUUUUAUUGCCAAUUCAACUGUAAAAACUUAAACUGAUUUAUAUUGAGAAAUUUAUAUUUAAAAUUUUAUAAUUCAGACAACAUACGAGUUCCAAUGUAAAUAAUUUCAUAAAUUAUUUAAUGUGCAAUUUUAUAGCCUUUCACUUUUUUGUGACCAAUUCGUAAAUAAUGCGAUUUUUGUUUGCUAAGCAGUUUUUGUUAUU